AUGUCGAGAGAGAGUUCUCCUUUUCGUGUAGGAAUUGCUUCAAUCAAGGCCUCCACCUCGACUAAGUAUGACGCAAGGGAGCCUAGUAGACGAUCAGCCAACUAUCAGCCAAGUUCUUGGUCUAUUGAUUUUCUUGAGUCCCUAGGAGAUAGUCUCGCGGUGCAGGAAAUGAACAGGGAUAAAGCAAAGAAGCUGGAGGAGAGAGUGAGGUGGAUGAUAGAUGACAAAUCUUCUGAGCUGUCAAACUUGCUUCUGCUUAUUGAUGAAAUCCAACGGUUAGGACUGGGGUAUCGAUUUGGAGAAAGCAUAACCAGGGCCCUUAAUGCAAUAAUUUCUCCACAAGGACCUGACAAGAAAACAAUAAUGGAUAAUUUAAAUGUCACCUCCGUCUAUUUUAGGCUCCUCAGGCAACAUGGCUAUGAUGUCUCUUCAGACAAGAAGGGUAUGGUCAGUCACACACAUAUUCAACAGUUUCACAUACCCCAAUACCAAAACUUUGGGGCGAGCCUGUUAUGGGAUUUCAGGGGAUUGUUGAAUUUGUAUGAAGCUUCAUAUUUAGCAUUUGUGGAGGAGGAUGCUCUAGAGCAAGCCAGAGCAUUUGCAGGGGGGCAUCUUAAUAACCUCAAGAACAACAACAAUGACCCUAGCGUUAUGGAACAUAUUAAUCACACCGUGGAGCUCCCGCUGCACCAUAGAAUGCACAUGCAGGAAGCCAGAUGGUACACAGAAGCAUAUGGUAAAAGAAAAGAUGUAAAUCACUUCUUACUUGAACUUGCCAAACAUGACUUCAAUCAUGUGCAGUUCAUGCUUCAAAGUGAGAUUAAAGAAGUGUCAAGGUGGUGGCUUGAUAUGGGUUUGACGAAAUCGUUAGGCUUCGUCAAAGACAGGCCUGUGGAGUGCUUUCUUUGGGCGGUUGGUAUGGUGCCGGAGCCUCAAUUUUCCGACUGCCGAAAGGGCCUAGCCAAAGUGUUUGCGUUAGUACUAGUAAUGGAUGACAUGUAUGACGUGUAUGGAUCUCUGGAUGAACUAGAGCUAUUCACAGACGCUGUUGAGAGAUGGGAUGUCAACAACAUUGAGAAUCUUCCUGAUUACAUGAAGAUCUGCUUCCAGGCUUUCUACAACACCGUUAAUGACCUUACUUAUGGCAAAGAGCGUGUCAUUCCUUACCUAAGAAAAGCGUGGACCGAGUUAUGCAAGGCGUUCUUGAAGGAAGCAAAUUGGUUUUACAACGAGUGCACGCCAACUCUUAAAGACUAUCUGGAUAACGCAUGGAUUUCCUCUUCGGGAGUAGUUCUUUUAGUUCAUGCCUACAUUUUAUUAAGUCAAACGACCACCAAUGAAGGCUUCAAGUGCUUGGAGAACAACCAUGAUCUUCUGCGGUAUCCCUCGCUGAUUUUUCGUCUUUCUAACGAUUUGGCCACUUCAACGUCUGAAUUAGUGAGAGGAGAAACCACAAACGCAGUUUGGUGUUACGUGAAGGAAACCAGCUUAUCAGAGAAGCAAGCUCGUGAACACGUAAGCAAUAUGCUUCAUGAAACCUGGAAGAAGAUGAACAAACUUCUUGUGCUUGAUUCUCCUUUGAGAAAACUUUCAUCCAGACAUGUUUUAACCUUGCUCGAACCGCACAAUGCACAUACCUGCACGGAGAUGGCAUUGGGGCUCCCGAUUCCAGAGCGUAUAGUCAAGUUCUGUCCUUGCUAA